AUUUCAUUGGCUGAGGUUACAGUGACAGGUAGGUUUAGGGAUCAGGGUUGGGUGUAGGCAAUCGUUAUUGUGAUUGACAUGGCCAAUUAAAUGUUUGGAAUCAGCUCCAGGGCGGGGUUUCCGCUGAACUUGUUUGGGGGAAAAAAAAUCACGCCGUCUACACUGCGAGAAUUCUAAUAGAGAAGAAGAAGAAGAGAGCUAGUUCAAGAUGAGCAUCUAUGGUUAAAACUUAUAUCAUUUUUUUUUUUUUUUUUAGAAAAUGACCGAUCGUUUCGCUAGAUAAGACCCUUAUUCCUCAUCUGGUAUCGUUUAAAGCCCUUUGAAGCUGCACUGAAACUGACAUUUUGACCUUCAACCAUUUGGGGCCAAUUGAAGUCUACUAUAUGGAGAAUAAUCCUGGAAUGUUUUCAUCAAAAACCGUAAUUUCUUUUCGACUGAAGAAAGAAGGACAUGGACAUCUUGGAUGACAUGAGGGUGCUGAGUAGUUAGGCUGCUGGUUGUCAUGGCGUCAUCCUCGGUGAAGGUGGCGGUGCGUGUGCGGCCUUUCAACAGCCGAGAGACAAACCGAGGAGCCAAGUGUGUGAUUCAGAUGCAGGACAAGAGCACCUGUAUUACUAAUCCCAAACAACCCAAGGAAUCACCCAAGAACUUCACGUUUGAUUAUUCAUACUGGUCACACAGCUCAGAAGAAGACCCAUCCUUUGCAUCUCAGAGGAAGGUGUAUCAGGACAUUGGCGAGGAGAUGCUGCUUCAUGCUUUCGAGGGCUAUAAUGUGUGUAUCUUUGCUUAUGGACAGACUGGAGCAGGGAAGUCGUACACAAUGAUGGGAAAACAGGAUCCUGGGCAGCAGGGCAUCAUACCACAGAUGUGUGAGGAUUUGUUCAGACAAACCGCAGAUAACACUGACCCUGACCUGUCCUUCUCUGUAGAGGUUUCAUAUAUGGAGAUUUACUGUGAGCGGGUUCGGGACUUGUUGAACCCCAAAAGUAAAGGGUCCUUGAGGGUCAGAGAGCACCCUAUAAUGGGCCCUUAUGUAGAAGACCUCUCCAAAAUGGCGGUUACAAACUACAAUGAUAUUGCAGAUCUCAUGGACACUGGCAACAAAGCCAGGACGGUUGCUGCUACCAAUAUGAACGAGACCAGCAGUCGCUCACAUGCAGUCUUCACCAUCCUAUUCACACAGCGUCGACACGACCACAUGACCAGCCUGGACACUGAGAAGGUGAGCAAGAUCAGCCUGGUUGAUCUGGCAGGAAGUGAGAGAGCAGACUCAUCUGGAGCCAAAGGCAUGAGGUUGAAGGAGGGAGCCAAUAUUAACAAAUCUCUGACAACACUGGGUAAAGUCAUCUCGGCACUGGCAGACAUGCACGGCUCAAAGAAGAGACGCUCUGAUUUCAUUCCCUACAGGGAUUCUGUGCUCACGUGGUUAUUGAGAGAAAAUCUAGGUGGAAACUCUCGCACGGCCAUGAUUGCUGCUCUGAGCCCAGCAGAUAUCAAUUAUGAAGAAACACUCAGUACUCUCAGGUAUGCAGACAGAGCUAAGCAGAUAAAGUGUAAUGCUGUAAUAAAUGAGGAUCCAAAUGCUCGUCUCGUCCGGGAGCUCAAAGACGAGGUCAACAGACUCAAAGAGCUCCUCCUGUCUCAGGGACUCAGCAACCUUAUCACUGCCUCAGGGUCUGAAAUGGGCCGUCCUGCUUUGGGUGGUGCAUCAAGUGAUCUCCAUCAGCCCUCGCUCUCAUAUGUACAGUCUACCUCUGAUGCACCAAUGGAGUGUGUAACGCCCGCUAGUCCUACUGAGCACAUCAGCAAAGAGGAGGCCGUGGAGAGACUCAAGGAAACGGAGAAGAUAAUUGCAGAGCUGAAUGAAACAUGGGAGGAGAAACUCAGGAAAACCGAGUCGAUACGACAGGACAGAGAGUCACUGCUGGCUGAGAUGGGUGUGUCUGUGAAAGAGGAUGGAGGAACAGUGGGUGUUUUCUCACCCAAAAGAACGCCCCACCUGGUGAAUCUGAAUGAGGAUCCUCUGAUGUCAGAGUGUCUUAUCUAUUAUAUUAAAGAUGGAGUCACUAGGGUUGGUCAGGAGGAUGUGGAUAUUCGUCUUAGCGGUCAGUUUAUAAAGGAGCUGCAUUGCGUCUUCUGCAGUGAAGUUAAUGACAAUAACGAGGUGGUGGUGACUUUGGAGCCGUUAGUUGGAGCAGAAACGUACGUCAAUGGCAAACGCAUCAAUGACGGUGUUGUACUCAAGCAAGGUAACCGUAUAGUGAUGGGGAAGAACCAUGUGUUCAGGUUUAACCACCCUGAGCAGGCCCGUCUAGAGAGAGAGCGCAGUGCCACACAGGAACAGCAGGGGGAGCCAGUGGACUGGAGCUACGCACAGAAAGAACUGCUGGAGAAACAAGGCAUUGACAUAAAGCAGGAGAUGGAGAAGAGACUGCAGGAUCUGGAGAAUCAGUACCGCAAAGAGAAGGAGGAGGCCGACCAGAUACUGGAACAGCAGAGACUGUAUGCGGAUUCAGACAGUGGUGAUGACUCAGAUAAGCGGUCCUGUGAGGAGAGCUGGAGGCUCAUCUCUUCUCUCAGAGAGAAACUACCAGCCAACAAGAUGCAGUCUAUCGUGAAGAAGUGUGGUUUGCCCAGCAGUGGGAAGAGGAGGGAGCCGCUACGUGUGUAUCAGAUCCCCCAGCGCCGCCGCAUACCUGCCUCCCAGGAGUCCAAACACAGACUCAGCUUGGAAGAGCUUCGCACACAGGCUGUUAAAGAGAUCUGCUAUGAGGUGGCGCUUGGAGACUUUAGGCACACACGGCAAGAGAUCGAGGCCUUGGCCAUUGUCAGGAUGAAAGAGCUUUGUCGGACAUAUGGCCAAAAAGACCCUCAGGAGAGAGAGACCUGGAAAAGUGUGGCGAAGGACGUAUGUGAGACUGUGGGCAUCGGAGAAGAGGAGGGAGACCGGGAGGAAAAAACAACAACAGGAGGAGGAGGAGGGAAUGAGGGAGGAAAGACCGAUAUGGGAGAUCUCAAGGCUCAUAUUGACAAGUUGACUGAUAUACUGCAGGAAGUGAAGUUGCAGAAUAAUAUGAAGGAUGAGGAGAUACGAUCGCUGAGGGAUCGCAUGGUGAAGAUGGAGAAAAUAUUCCCUGUCGAAGUUGAGGGUGACGAUGAGGACAUCGAAAUUGGUGGGGCCAGAGCUGAUGAACCGGCAGCACAAGUCCACAGACGCGAUGAGGAUUCUGGGUACCGGCGGGGUCGUCAUCGUUGGCAGUACCCAGAGAAGUAUCACGACCCUAAACGGCGCAAAGGAACCAACAAUCAGCCAAACAAUGCCCUUUACACCGCUCCCUCAGGACACUCUCAGAACAACCCAUUUAGUACGGCAUCAUCUCGAUUAUCAAAUUCAUCUUUCAAUUCUCAAACCCCUCGCAACCCCAAUGGGCCUUUCUUACCAGGCACCGGACGUUUUUUGCCGCCUCAAGAGAGGAAGCUACAGUUCCCCUUUAAGAAUAAUCCCCAGCACAGAGGCUUCAUCUGGGGCCCGUCUGCAAGCCAAGAAGGUGGAAAGGACCCAUCUGCUCAGUCGUCCUCCGAUCCUGAUGUGGUUCAUACCUUCCAGUCCUCUCCCUCGCCAAACAAGGGCCAAUGGCAACACAAUCAUCACCAACAACGGCGCAAUCACGGUAACAGAGGCUACGGUAACUGGGGUAACAGGCAACGACCACGAAACCGAGGACGGAAUCCAUUCGAUGGAUAUUUAACCAACGAGCAGGCUGGGAACGCUGAGCGUAAAGACGGUGGGUCAGUCCAAGGGCAGCACAAGCAAGGUAGAGCACGCUACUCCUGGUACAAUCCCAAUUUUGCUUCAGACCAGUCUGUUGGAGAUGGAUUCCAGCACUAUAACUACAACCAAAGCAGACAAGGUCUUUACAAACACCCCAACUCACAGUACAACCACUACCAGCACCCUCAUAAUCAGGACAACCCUCCAGAGAUGACCCAACUAAGGUCUGAAGGCAAUCCCAAUCCACCUUCUAUCCCAGAUUGCAACAGCACCCCCAUGGAGACCUGAUUUCCUCUGUGGAGACCAUGAUCUUUUGCAUAGUUCUUGGAAAGGACUCUUAGAAACCUCGGACCCUCAGAUAUACGGUGUUGUGGUUUGUUGUGGAAGGGUUUUAGAUGCUUGGAGCGUCCAGAAAGGGAGAAACUCCCUAGUGCAAUAACAAUGCUGUACGAAACAUUUUAUGCACCUGAAUUUUUAUGUACAUAUUGCAGUUUCAUACCUGCACCUACAAUACCUGAUUUUAUGUGCGCACAUAUCUAUGUUAUUCAGAUGUAUAUAUUAUCUAUAAGUAGGUUAUAAAUUGAAAGCAUAUGUAUUUGCAAGAGAAUUGAGCUUCUUAUGUCGCACAGUGCACUGCAACAUUGACGCUAUGGCCUGAGAAGUACUUUAUAUGGCCUAUCAAGCUGUUUGGAGAGUUCUGUUGGAUAUCUGAUGAUUUUACAUUGUGCCUUUUGAAAAGCCAAAGAAUUUGGAGAUUUAGUAGCCCUCAGACUCAUAACUGCUUUGGAUGCUGCCUUUUUUAUAGCUGAUGUUUUUCCUUUUUUAUCUUCCCAUUCAUUUAUUUAUGUUUUUAUUCUUGCAUCCUGAGGGGCAUGUGUUUCAGAAAUUGUCUUCUGUUGUUAGGUGAUAAAAAGACAUGGGAUACAUAAUCCUUACACGGUUGAUUGCAAAUAGUUGAGGUAGCAAAUUCUUUUUCUUUUUCUUUUUUUCUUUUUUGUUACCUUGUCCUAAUCAGGCACAUUACGAUAAAGAGACAAUAGCCGUGUUUCCAUUACCCUUCAAAUUGCGCAAAUUGAAAUUGAAAAUUGAAAAUACGCCCAAUGGAAGCACGUCAGUUUCACCAAAACUCCCAUAUAUCACAAAAAAGGUUUUACGCUCGCAUGAGGUGGUUUUUCAGGCAAUUUGAAAAAGGAUUAUUUUGCAAAACUGCAAUGGAAACAGUUUUUCUGCAUUUACAGGUCACCUGGCGUAGGUAAAAGUCAAUCAUUUUUUUUUAAAGAUGGAGCGGUAUGUUUGGACAGACAACAAGACAGAGUUCUUUAUUAAACUCAUAAAAGACUAAAUAAUUACUGGAUUCUAAACAAAGAAAUGCCACAAUUUAUCAAGACCUUGAAGCAGAUAGGAGAGAGAAACACCCAGAAACACCUCAUACGUGGCCGAUCCCAAGUAUAAGAUGCUUUCCUUACCAUUAAUUGAAAUGACUUAUCGUGAGAGGAAAACAAUAUGCUUUAGUCGCAUUACAUCAGGUAAUGGAAACGCUGUCAUUUCGCAAUAGUUUUUUUUUUAUUGACAAAAGUUUUGCGCAAAUCUGUAAUGGAAACUCGGCUAAUGAUUCUGUCUCUUCUCUGUUAAGGUGCAAUCACACUGACAAUGUUUUGCUGCAGCAAAGCGACAAAGUAAAUCAUUUUCAAUGAGAGUUGGCAACAAUCGAAAGGCUGUUCGCAAUGCAAACAACUUGAGCGGAGUUCAAAUCCCGCUCCACAUACAGCAGCUGUAUACUAAAAACCGAAUGAUCUGAUGUGUUGUUAUAUUUAUCGCUUCAUGCAUCAUUUAACGUACAGGGAAACAAUCUUUGGUGUUUGAUUCAUAUUUUUGGCCAGAAUAAGCUGCGGAGUGGACCAGACUUUAUACCGAUAGUCAACAGUCUGACUCUUUGAUACUAGCCAAAUACUGCACCCUAAGAUGCUGAUUGUUCAGAUGAUGAAAUAUCUUUCCAAAAGACUUUCAGUAGACGACAACUCCAUAAGAUUUUUCAGUUUUUGAAAGUGACAUGACCUUUUAUACAGCGCACAUCCCUCAGCCUUAUUUUUCUCCAUGUUAAAUUCAAUAUGGUGUCUACACUGACUAAGGUCUGUUAUUAGACAGUUCUGGUUAAAGAAUAAAUCAUGGAUAACAACCAUUGAAUUCUUGCUGUAUUCUUGUAACACCCGUUUAGGACAUGCUGUUAUUCCCAUUUUGACCUUUUUUAAGUUCUUAACUGACAAUGAUCUAAAACUGAAAAAAUAAAUAAUUUUGCCUUAA